AUGAGCCCGAAGUCAAAAACAAAUUUAAAAGAGACCACGUCGCAUUCGUGUUCUACGAUUUUGAAACGCGACAGUACGAGACUUACGAAGGUAAAAAUUCACGUUCCAACUCUCUGCGUCGCAGAUCAGAUUUGCGAAACUUGCGCGGAGAUAGACGAUAUGUCGGUGCGAUGUCGUUGGUGCGGAGUACGCGAGUUUAUAUUUCGAGAUAACCCCGUGAAACAGUUUGUCGAACUCGUAACGCGAACGACAAAAUGUUUUAAAAAGAUUAUUUGUAUCGCUCAUAAUGCGAAAGCGUUCGACGCGCAAUUCAUUUUAAAGUAUUUAGUAGAAGAAUCCGAAAUUACGGAAGAACCGCGGGUAAUUUUGAACGGGACGAAGAUUAUCGUAAUGACGGUCGGGAAUACGAAAUUUAUAGAUAGUCUCAAUUAUUUACCGAUGCGUUUGGCCGAUUUACCCAAAGCUUUCGGGCUGAAGAAUACGUCGGACAAAGGCAACUUUCCUCACCUGUUCAAUACGAGGGAGAAUCAAUCGUAUAUCGGCCCGAUACCUGACGCGCGAUAUUAUUCUCCCGAUCAAAUGAAGCCCGAAGAACGAAUGCGAUUUACAAACUGGCACGAUGAGAUGAUACGCGCAAAUUUUAUUUUUAAUUUUCAACAUGAAAUAGUAAAAUAUUGCCGUAACGACGUAGAAAUUCUUCGACGCGCAUGCAUGGCGUUACAGAAAAAUUUUUUUGAAACGUGGUAA